AUGACCGAGACGGUCAGAUUACACAUCACUCCAUUCACCCCCGAGAUUCUCCCGGCCGUCAUACCACCCUCCCUCCGCGAGACCGCGACCGAUAUCUCGUUCCACGCGAUCCCCACGUUCCCCGAGAACAACUACGGCUACGUGACAUUGCCCAAAAUGGACGCUGAGAAAAUCAAGAAAAAACUUAACGGCUCUAUUCUCAAGGGUCGCAAAUUCAAAAUUGAGGCAGCGCGACCAUCGAAACGAGACCGAGAGGACGAGAAUGCUGAUGCACCCGAUGCGUCGGAGGACGGGGCAAAGAAGGACAAGAAAAAGUCCAAGAAGCGAAAAGCAGAUGACCCGGAAGAAGGUGUCCUAGAGGGAUACGAGCUGCCCUCUGAUCGGAAGGUCAAGCGAGGUUGGACGGAACCCUCGAAGAAAGAUCGUCGACGGGCCGAGAAGAAGAAGAACAAGGGUGAAAAGACGGCCAAGCCACAGCCCAAGUCCAAGUACACUGAAAAGGAGGAAUGUCUGUUCCGGACCAAGAUUCCGUCUAAUCGCAAAUCUCUCGAGGCAGUGGACGAAAAGAAGGCUAAGAAGGCCAAGAAGGGCAGCGAGAAUGUUGUGCACGAAUUCGCUCGAGCGACCACUUUCCCUACCUUCCUCCGCACUGCAGACGAGGGUGUUGCGCCCACGGCAGAAUAUGAGGAUGAAAAGGGAUGGGUGGAUGCCUCUGGAAAAGUCAAAGAACCCGCCAGUGAAAAGAGGCGGACACAUGACCACCACCCCGGACAAAUGCCUGGGGCUAAAGUGAAAAAAUCCGAGGUCCAGAAGUUACUUGUAAAAAAGAAGAGCCCCGAACCGUCCAUUGAAUCGGAAGAUUACACCUCAUCAAGCGGCUCCUCAUCUGACGAAAGCUCUGACUCUGAAAGCGAAGUCGACGAGUCAACGGAUGAGUCCUCGAACGAAGAAACCGAGGACAAUGCACCAAGCCUCGAAAAGCAACCGGCCGAGCCUGUGUCCGCCGUUGAAACUACCACGGAGCGCUCCAGCUCCGACUCAAGUUCGGAAUCCGAUUCGAAAUCCGAUUCAGAGAUGGUGGAUCAACCCGUUCAAAAGACCAACACUCAAGGGACUGAACCUGCUGAGGUUCAGUCGGAAAAUUCCGAGCCUCAACCCGUACAGGAGAUCCAUCCCUUAGAAGCACUUUUCAAGAAACAACCUCCCACAGCAUCCGACGAGCAAGCCGAACCCGCGCCUGCGACUGGGUUUAGCUUCUUCGGCGGCGAUGACAUUGAGUCUGAAGAGGAGACGCAACCCGGCGAGCCCCAAACCCCCUUUACGCCCUUCACCAAGAAGGACCUCCAAUUCAGAGGUCUACGAAGCGCGGCGCCCACGCCCGAUACCGCUGCAGUGAAUCGACGCAUGAACUGGACAGAGUCUGGUCAACUGAACGAUGAAGAUGAGGAACCUCUUAUCGACACCCCGGUCUCCAAAAUCAGGGAGAAAGAGGGGCCUAAGGCAGAGACUGAAUUCGCUAAAUGGUUCUGGGAAAACCGCGGUGAGAACAACCGUGCUUGGAAAAAGCGACGACGUGACGCCGCCAAGGAACAGAGACAGAGAGAGAACCGGAGGAAGGGCAUGAAGGGCAACACAAUUAUCCCCCUCGAUGCGUCGAAAUCCAGCUCCGGCGACGGCGACCACAAGGACGCUUUACGCCUUUACGAACGUACCUUCAAUCCUAGCCUCGACCCCCAACUAGAACUUGCCGACAAGGAGAUCUUCCAGCCAGACGAAUCGGAUGAAAUCACAAACCCUGAAGAAACUGUCUCCGAUGUGCUGGUCGCUCGCGCGCAGACAUACCGCGCCUUGACCUGCAAUGAUUGUAAUCGCAAGUUCUGUCUGGACUACAAGUUGCCGAUUUGCAAAGAUGCGAAAGAGGAGGAUGUUUUUACCAUGUGCUUCCAGCGCGACUCGCGAAAAGACCAGGCGGUGGUAUUUAUUUUUAUUUUCGCCACUGGUGGCUUGUUAUUAUGGGCUUUAGUGAAGCCUUGGGUUGAGCGGUACAUCGAGGCUGCUCGAGAACGCCGGUCCUAUAUGCCUGUUGGUGAAUCCGAGGGGUCGUGA